AUCGGCCUAACCAAACUCACCGCCCACGAGGCCACGCUGCUCUUCUCCUACCUACCUCCUCUUCCACCACUAUAAACCAAACCUCAAUCUCCUGUUUUCUCAGCUAGGGAUCGAACGCCACCGCUCUCGAUCUCUUAGCUGUUAUCAUUCCAGUACCCUACUUUAAACUCCAAAUCCAUGGCGAUCGGAACCCUAACCCACGCCUCACCCCUCCCCACCGGCUGCCCUGCUGCUGGCAGCAAGAAAUCGCGCACCAUUUCCGUUAGAUCCAAUCUAAAACAGCAGAGAAAGGGGAAAGAGGAUAAUUGUACCUUAAACUUUUCUUCUACGCAUACAGCGGAGGUGCUUGCCUCUCGGCUCGGUCUUGAUAUAGCCAUCGCCGGGCUAGAGCGCCUCUUUCUACAGCCCGGCGCAGACCCUCCAGAUUUCGGCAGAUCCGACGGCCGCCGCCGGCCAAUCCGUGUGGCAUAUCAGGGCGUCCGAGGUUCCUAUUGCCACGAGGCUGCUACGGCCUCCUUCCCCGAUGUCGACGCUUUUCCAUCCGGAUUUCGGAUGGAGGACGCAUUCUCAGCUUUAGAAUCCGGCUCAGCCGACCGCGCAGUAGUCCCUGCAGAAAAUUCCGUAGAUGGUCCCAUCGACCGGAAUCUUGAUCUUCUCUUACGCCAUCCUGCAGUCCGGAUCACCGGAGAAUUCAUUGUUCCCGUUAACCACUGUCUCCUUGCUGCACCCGGCGUUGCGUUCACCGAUCUACGCCGUAUCGUCAGCCACCCGCAGGCGCUUGGUCACUGCGAGCGACGGCUCCGAUCGCUUGAUCUGGAAAUCGAAGAGGUCGCCGAUGCCGCCGAGGCAGCGCGCGCUGUGGCGGAGGACCGGAUCUGCGAUACGGCCGUGAUCGGAAGCAGGAUCGCGGCUAAGGAGUUUGGACUUUGGAUCAUGGAACAGAGUUUCCAUGAUGAGGAGUGUAACUUCAAUUGUUUUCUCCAGCUGGGAGUGGCAGCUGGGAACCCUUACUGCGGCGAGAAUCGGAAGACAAAGGUGGCGUUCUCGCUGGAGAAGGGAGUGUCCGGUUUGUUCCGGGCACUGUGGCUGUUCGAGAGCCGGGGAGUCCGCGUCAGGAAAGUCGACCACCGGCCUAAUAGAGCGAACCCGGUUCGUUUGGUGAAUCGGGAGGGUGGUGGGGAGGUUGUUCAGAUGGACUAUGUGUUUGUGGUGGAUGUGGAUGGGAGCGAGUCGGACCCUUCGGUGGCGGCAGCCAUCGCGGGGUUGGAAGAGAUUUCGGGUUUCGUGCGGGUGCUUGGGAGCUAUGGUUGCAGGAGCAGCUGUGCUUGAAGGCAGAUUCGAUUAAUUGUUUAUAUUUGAACGUUCUUAAUUAUUUUAGAAAUAUUAAGUUUUGUUUUUUCUUUCUUUUGUACAAACUGUGUGAGCUCUGGAGAGAAGCAGCUCAAAAACUGAAUGUUGUGUGUUAUUUCUUGGAGCAAAUUGCUCCAAGAAAGUUUGUUAGAGUUGAUAUUUUUCUACAAUGAUACUAA